AUGACUACGUACGAGAAGAUCGUCAAGGGUGCCACCAAGGUCAAGGUUGCGGCGCCGAAACCAAAGUAUAUCGAGCCAAUUCUUAUGCUGACACUGAUAGAUAACCAUCUUGGAGCCGAGAACUUCAAUACGGUCAUGAGAACUUUGCAGUGCCGACUUCAAGAUAGCGCAUGGCUGGUUGUAUAUAAGGCCCUUAUAGUGAUCCAUAUUAUGAUCCGUGAAGGAGAUAAAAACGUUACCUUGAAGUAUUUGGCCGAUCAUCCCAACAUUCUCAAUGUCCUGCAACUGACUAUUGGUAAGAGUGGCGUUGCGGGCUACUCUUCAGAUAUACGGUUCAUUACUCGGUACACCAAGUAUCUUUCAACCCGAGCUCGUCAAUUUGGUCACACCCAUAUUGAUUACGUCCGAGACGAAAAGAGUAACAACUCCACAUCCCAAUCAGGCGGGAGAUUGCGUUCGUUAACGGUUGAAAAGGGUUUAUUAAGAGAGACCAUUAGUGUUCAGAAACAGAUUGAUGCAUUACUAAAGAAUAAUUUUGUGGAAAACGACAUUAACAACGACAUUGUGUUGACAUCGUUCCGGUUAUUAGUCAAUGACUUGUUGGCAUUCUUUCAAGAGUUGAACGAAGCAGUAGUCAAUAUAUUGGAACACUACUUUGAGAUGUCCAAAUACGAUGCAGAAGAAGCCCUUGCAAUCUAUAAGAAGUUUGUGGACCAAACCAAAUAUGUUAUUGAUUACCUUCGAGUUGCUAAGCAUUUAGAGUACGCAACGAAGUUGAAUGUUCCUACUAUUAAACAUGCUCCCACUGCCUUAACGUCUUCGUUAGAAGAGUACUUGGAUGAUCCGCUUUUCGAACAGAAUAGGAAACAGUAUCUUUUAGAGAAGAAGAAGGGUCCAAUAAACAAAGAUAGUAAUGGAGCAGUUCAUAAUAGCGAGGCAGUCCAGACUAAUUCUACUACUAAUGCUAAUGCUGCUGCUACUCCUAAUACUGCUGACUUGCAACAACAGCAGUUGUUACAACAACAGCAGUUACAGCAACAGCAGCUACAGCAACAACAAUUGCUUCAACAACAAUUGGUCCAACAAUCGUUACAACAACAAACCCAAGACUUCUUUUCCAAUCCACAACUUGUGGACUCUGCUGCUAGUGGUUUACAGAGAUCAGGUACCUUGCUCGUGCAGCAGAACACUUAUAAUCCAUGGGCAAAUACCUUUGUUCCCAAUCAAGUUCAAGUUCAACCACAGCUUCAACCUCAACAUCAACCAGUUUCCAUUCAACCAACUGGUGCUGGGUUUGGAGGUUAUGGUAAUACCAUGGUCUCACAACCAACAGGUAACCCAUUCAUGCAACAACAACAGCAACAAGCUUCCAUUAACGGCACUUACCCAAAUCAGCCGCACUUUCUACAAACCAUUCCUGAAGCCCAACAACAAGCUAUGGGUCCUCAAUAUACACAACCACAGACACAACCACCACAACUCCAAAGUCAAAACACAAAUCCAUUCCUCAAGAUGUCUCAAGGUUCAGCAGUGGAGCCUACGGCCACUGGAAAUCCCUUUGCAAAUACUCGAUUCUCCACUUCGUCCAACACCACUGCAUUGUCUUUUAACUAUAAUAAUAAUAAUAAUAAUAAUAAUAAUAAUUCUGUGGCAUCACCACCGACAAGGGUGACGUCCAACAUCACAGGGAAUAACCCAUUCAAAGUGUCACAGGCAACCACUGAAUUGUUUAACUCCGUCGAAAACUCCAUGCUUCAACAGCAGCAACAGAAACAACCUCUAAAGAGUCAACCAACAGCUGGUGGUCUUGAAGCGUUGCCAACCGUGCCAGUAUUUCCUCAGACUCAACUGGAACUCCAGAGACAACAAUACUUAGCGAGUGCUCAGAUGGGCUUAAACCAAGCUGUCUUCCAGCAGCAACAGCAACAGCAACAGCAACAGCAACAAUACAAUCAAGCACAAAUGCCAAUGCGAAUGACUUACCAAACGUACGAUGGUCCCAGUUUAAUCUGA